AUGGGUUUGCUCCGAACAUUGUAUUUGAAAGUCGGAGGCCGAUAUAUGAUCACUUACAAUUUGGAUACAAGCGACGGCCUCACGAACGGUGCAACAGGCCAGCUGGUCAGAAUUGAUAUGGGUUCCCAAAAUCCAGAGCGAAAUCGACAAACUGGUUCGGGAAAACCGUUGCGAGUGUGGAUC